AAGAGCAACAGUAACAACAAGCAGCGAGCUGAUCAAAGUUAAGCUGCCAAUUGCACAACUUUGAGCAACUCUCCUGGCCGGGCUGGUAAGGAGCUGGAUCAACCCAGGAAGAUCUGAGAAGGAGGGGGGAGGAAGGAGACCUCCACAUCCUCCCACCUUCACACACACACACCCCAGUACCUCUAGACAGACAGACAGCACCCCAGCUUCCUUUGGGAUUGCUGAUGUUAUUAACCUGCUCCAGAGAUCAUGGCUCCCUUUGGAAGAAACUUGUUAAAGACUCGGCAUAAAAACAGAUCACCACCUAAGGAGAUGGAUGCAGAAGAGAAGGAAAUUAUCGUCUGGGUUUGCCAAGAAGAAAAGAUUGUCUGUGGACUGACCAAACGUACCACUGCAGCUGAUGUAAUCCAGGCUUUGCUUGAAGAACACGAAGCUACCUUGGGAGAGAAACGAUUUCUUUUCGGACAGCCCAGUGAUUACUGUAUCAUAGAAAAAUGGAGAGGCUCAGAGCGGGUCCUUCCUCCACUCACAAAAAUCCUGAGACUUUGGAAGGCCUGGGGAGAAGAACAGUCAAACAUGCACUUUGUCCUAGUUAAAGCAGAUGCUCUGGUUCCAGUUCCAUUAUGGAGGAGAGCAGAAGCUAAGCUAGUUCAGAACACAGAAAAACAGUGGGACCUCAGUCCAGCCAAUUAUAUGAAGAUGUUGCCACUAGAUAAACAGAAAAGGAUAGUCAGGAAAACAUUCAAGAAACUAGCAAAAAUUAAGCAGGAUUCUGUUAUACAAGACCGAGACAACAUGGAAACAUUGGUGCAUUUGAUCAUUUCUCAGGACCAUACCAUUCAUCAGCAGGUCAAAAGAAUGAAAGAACUGGAUCUGGAAAUUGAGAAAUGUGAAGCAAAAUUUCAUCUGGAUCGGGUAGAAUAUGAGGGAGAAAAUUACGUCCAAGAUUCUUAUCUAAUACCCAGUCCUGGUGAGGUCAAACAACAAAAAGAUAUGAAGCAAGAAGAAAAUCAGACACCUGACUAUCUGAGUGAGAGCGAAGGGAUUUUACAGCUGGAAGAACGAUUGAAAUAUUACCGGCUGCUUAUUGACAAGCUAUCUGCUGAAAUUGACAAAGAAGUCAAAAGCAUUUGCAUAGAUGUGAAUGAAGAAACGGAAGGGACAGCUACAGAAGACACAGAAAAGAAAAACUUGGAAAGUGUUAAGCUUGAUUUGGAGAACAGUAUGAAAGCUGGUUUAAAAAUCCAUUCUAACUUAAGUGGUAUCCAGAAAGAGAUUAAAUAUAACGACUCUUUGCUUGAGAAGAAAGCAAUAGAAUAUGACCUCCUGGCAGAGGAAUUGAACUCGCUUCAUUUCAGCAACAAGGAUGGAUGCCAAUCUAAUGAAGAUAGGGAGAAAGGACUGGAGGGUACCAAUAGUAGUGUGGCAGGCCCUCAUUUUACUCAGAAAGUAUUUCAUUCCUAUACCAAUGACACAGACUCAGAUACUGGAAUAAGUUCUACUCAUAGUCAAGACUCAGAAACGACCUUAGGGGAUGUAGUGCUGCUGUCAACAUAAAUGGAAUGGUUGUUUCAUGACCUACUACCAUGUUCUAAAAGAUUGCUUAAACAGGAACAUUUGAUGGUAAAAGCUAGAUUGCUAUGAUGUCUUGAUUCCAUGAUUGCUACAGAGGCUGUAACUAAAUCACAUGGCUACUUGCUUAAAGUACUUACAUAGUAGGUGAAAACAAGGAUAAUAAAUCAGCUGACUUUAAAAAAAAUGCCAAUUUAAGCUUUAUAAGCUCUAUGGUAAAAAAAAAUACUGUUUAUUAGAAAAUUAAAACAAAAGAAACUUCAAGUAUGAAGACACAUUAUACAGAAUGGUAACAGUUAUAACUUGAGCUUAAAGAGGUUAUUUUUUUCCUUAGUUUGUAUUUUAUAUGACUUGUAAAAACUUAAAACUGAUCAUUAUUUUGGGAGGCUCAAAUGAAUUGAAACUGUAUAAUAAGGAUA